UUGCCAGCUAGUACCGUUCAUUGACUAUUCCAGCAGUUGUGUUCACGGUAAAACGUGAAUGUACAGGCAGGAACGUAGGAGGUCGAUUAAAUGUGAUGUGUCGUUUAAACAGCCGGGGUAAAUAUGUUUGAACCUGUAGCUAUGAUGCUAAGAGAUAGUGUCGGGAUCAGAACAGUUGGGCAUACAGAUGUUACCAGCUGGGGAGAAAGACACUGUUAACCUGGUAGUCUAACGGCAGGGACAUCAUUGUGAAUUUAGUAUUGCUCUAUUUUCAUGUAUUAGGAGUCUAAUCAUUUGCGGCCAAAUCAUGAGCAGUAUGAAUGAUAAACCGACUAUCCGACAACAGAGCUCGGAAAAUAACUCUGUCAGCAGUAGUGAAUGGGAUAUGGCAAAUGAUGUGUUUGUGUCCGGCUACGACGACACUCCGGUGGGAGACAGUGAUGUGGAUGGGGACAGAGAGCCCGGCUUGGACAGACACCUGCCGCUGUUGUCCCAGGAUGGCAUGAUGCUGGGCCUGGCUGGGGAGGAAUAUGCGGGUUCAUCGUAUCUGGAAAUUGAUCCAAACUACACUGAAAGUGACGGGAAUGUCACAACCAAGAAGUGCAUACGGUCCAAUAGCUCCAGGCACCGCGGUGAGGUCGUCACGGAGCUGGGACCAGAGGAGGUCCGGUGGUUUUACAAAGAGGACAAGCGGACGUGGAAGCCAUUCGUCGGACACGACUCUUUAAAAAUCGAGGUCGUCAAUCGGAGAUUCAGUGAACAGAACCCUCACAAGGUCAAACACCCCGUUGAUCCCGCCGAGGCCGAGGGGAAGGAGGCAGCCAAGUCCGAUGAGAUCCACUCGGAGAGCGGAGCGAUGGACAGUGGAAGUGUCCGGGCGGAGUCGACGGUGCCGCGCGGCGGAGGACAAGGGCUCUCGGUGUCAGAGGAGAUGAGGGACCCGGACGACAUGACCAUCAGCGUGGAGGCAGUGUGUGUCCGAGGGGGGCUCUAUGAAGUGGAUAUCAGGGAGAAGGAAUGCUACCCUGUUUACUGGAACCAACAGGACCGUAUUCCGGUGAUGAGGGGUCAAUGGUUCAUUGAUGGAACCUGGCUUCCCCUUGAGGAGGACGAGAGUGACCACAUCGAGAUGGAGCACCUCGCACGUUUCCGGGGGCAACAGAUGAGGGACACCUAUGAGAUGGAGAUGGUGACCACCACAGUGGACAGCAAGGAUGCCAUCCACAGUCUGAAGCUGAGCAGGAGUCAUGUGGACUGGCACAGUGUGGACGAGGUAUACCUGUACAGCGACGCCACCACCUCCAAGAUCGCACGUUCUGUCACUCAGAAACUGGGAUUCUCUAAAGGUAUAUGGAAAAUGUCACAAGACAUUCACAAAAGAAGAUAUCGGAUGGAAUAUUUUGUUGAGCCAUUCACUUCUAUGAGCAACUCUCUGAAGAAUUUGACCUGGUCUCAUUUCUAUAACAACUGGAAUGAAAGACAAGGUCAAAGGUCACCAAUGAACUUAAGAUAUGAUGCAGACAUGGAAGUAUUGUAUGGUCAGGUGAACAAUCUCAUAGAAUUUGAUACAUGUUCUAUCAGCCCAUAAAAUAUUUGAGAGUUUAACAAAUGAGUUGCUCUACAGGCAAAUACCAGAAUGUGUUUGACGUCUUUCACACAUUCGUUCCAUCGAGGAGUAGUUCACCUGUUUUCUUUUUACAUUUUUGGAAACAUCACACCUACACCAGUGCAGCCCCUUGAGUUUGUUUACACAGUGCUUUUUUUGGUAUAAAAGCCAACACCAAAACUAUCUGCAUGGAAAGACACCAGAGAGAAUACAUGUUUAGUCAUUUGGGUGAACUGACCCUUAAAUAAACCAUGAACUGACUUAUUGAAGGAACAGUGUGUAAGAUUUAGUAGCAUCUAGUAGUGAUUUGCAGAAUGCAACCAACUAAAUACCCCUCCCUUCCCAAGCGUGUCAGAGAACUACGUUGGCCUUCAGGUAGAUCUUUAGGCUUUUAUUUCCACUAGGAGCUGCUCUUAUCAAUACGCUGUUCUUUUUCAUGAUUAAAUAAUUGCUUUCAUAAACAUAAGAAUUUGAACAACAAAUCGAUUCAGAACAGGAUUAGAAUGUAUUUAUGCUUGAAAUAUAACUAAAUAUAAUUUCUAAUGUAGCAAGAGUUAUGUCUACAGCAUCAAAGUCACUACAUAAAUUCAUUAAUAUCUCCCUGGAAACAAACGUAAAAUUUCAUAAAAUAUAUAAUUGGAACACAGACAUCAGCAGUAUCAGUCAUUCCUUGUGUCCUCCUGUCCUCUGUCCUUCUGUCCUCGUGUCCUCUGUCCUUGUGUCCUCUCAGCCAGCAGAGAAGUUUACAAGAACAGACAAAGAUAAACAGCCUACAGACAGACUGACAGCUUCUGUUUAAUAAGCUUGUUUGGGAAAAAAAAACAUUUCCGCCGAUCGUGCGUGCUGUGCUUGUGUAAACAUGGCGGCGCUGAUGAGAGACUGUGGACAGAGCCGAUUGAAUUAGGUUUCACUUUCGUUUACAUGUUCAUGCUUGUUGAAAAGAUGACUUGAUAAAGUAUUGGCUUUUUACUGGAAAAUACUUUAUUGCACUAACAGUAAGGAGCGUAAUUGCCAUCAACUCAACUAAUCUUCACUUCACCUGGUUCACUUCAGUGUCUCCACUUCAGCUUCUCUGCUAUGUUUGUUUCAUGUGUCUGUGUUUGUGUUAGUUUGUGUGCUCAGAGAGAGCAGAAGAGAUGUUCGCUGCAACGUGAUAAUAAAUGACACCAAAACAUUAAAACAUACUAUUAAAAAGGACCAGUAACAGGGCUUACCAAUUCUACAAUCUUUAAUAAUUAGCACAGGGCCCCUUUAUUCCGGGUUUUGAUAGCCAUCCCUCCCUUUAGAUAAUGAAAAAAACACGAAAGGUUCUCUCUAGAGCCAGUGUUCAGUUGUCUGUUCUGGGCUGCUGUAGAAUGCAACAUGGUGGACUCCAUGGAAGAGGACCUGGUCCUUAUGGAGAUAUAAACGCAACAAUUCUUACUUUCAGGUGAUUAUACACCGAUUAAAACAGUUAUGAAUAUUACAUUUACUUUCUGCCAUUUAAUCCCGCAAAAUGUUACACACUGUUCCUUUAAAGCGUGACUUCUAUUUGUACUGUAGGUUACAGAAUAAACUUAGAUAUAGAUAUUUAUUAAAACCUCAGGGAACUUUACAUUCAUGGUGCGCUCUCAAAACCAUUAUACACAAAACUACUAAAGGGGUUGUUCUGUGCACUUUGACCGACAUUAAUGGCCUAUCUCAAGAUCAGGGUCAUAAUAAAUGAACAUGUCACGUGGUUUUCUUGGUGAUGUAGAGGCAAAGUCAAAGUGUCCUUAUGUGAGACAUUGAGCCCCAAGUUGCAUUUGGGUGCUUGACAGCAGCCCACUGCUCUGAAUGAUGAGGAUGGGUUAAAUGCAGAGAUUGAAUUUCAUCUAUGUAUGUCACGAUAGAAAUUAAGUUUUAGAAAAAAUGUAAAGUUUGCUUUAUUGUGCGGGAAAAUGGUUUGACCACUUUAGUUAAUUCGUUGUAGUUGUUAGUUGUCAGUGUCACCCAUCCAUCCAUCCAUUUUCCACCGCUUAUCCGGGGUCGGGUCGCAGUGGCAGC